CCUUCCCUUCCCCUCCCUUCAUCAGCUCGCACACGCUGGCGUGGCUUGCCCCCACGCUGCGCUCCUACCACCACCACUAUAUAAUCCCCGAUCGCCUCACGCACACGCACCGACCCACCGGCCGACGAGGCGCAACCGCCGCAACGCAAACCCACACGCCCGCCGCCACCGCCACCGCCGCCGCCGUACCGACCCGCUCCUCCUCCGCCCUGGUGCGAGCAGGCUACGGCAGCAGACCCCGCAGGUUGCUCCCGGACCGAGGGAGAACGCGCGGGGCCGGGGUGCAGAGGCGUAGGAGGUACGUAUGGACAAGUACGAGGCGGUGCGGGACAUCGGGUCGGGGAACUUUGGGGUGGCCCGGCUGAUGCGCAACCGCGAGACCCGAGAGCUCGUCGCCGUCAAGUGCAUCGAGCGCGGCCACCGGAUUGACGAGAAUGUGUACAGGGAGAUCAUCAACCACCGCUCGCUGCGCCAUCCCAACAUUAUUCGCUUCAAGGAGGUGAUACUUACACCAACGCAUCUUAUGAUUGUGAUGGAGUUUGCAGCAGGUGGAGAGCUUUUUGAUCGGAUCUGUGAUCGUGGGCGGUUUAGUGAGGAUGAGGCACGGUAUUUCUUUCAGCAGCUGAUCUGUGGUGUGAGCUAUUGCCAUUACAUGCAAAUAUGCCAUAGAGAUCUGAAGCUGGAGAAUGUUCUCUUGGAUGGCAGCCCAGCUCCACGGCUUAAGAUAUGCGAUUUUGGCUAUUCCAAGUCAUCAGUGUUGCAUUCAAGACCCAAAUCAGCAGUGGGAACGCCAGCAUAUAUUGCACCUGAGGUGCUAUCCCGUCGCGAGUAUGAUGGAAAGCUUGCAGACGUAUGGUCCUGUGGGGUGACUCUUUACGUCAUGCUUGUGGGAGCAUACCCAUUUGAAGACCCCGAUGACCCCAAGAAUAUACGCAAGACCAUUCAGCAAAUAAUGCAAGUGCAAUACAAGAUACCAGAUUAUGUCCACAUAUCUACGGAAUGCCAGCAACUUCUUGCCCGUAUCUUUGUUGCCAAUCCAAUGAGGAGAAUCACAAUGAAGGAAAUAAAGAGCCAUCCAUGGUUUUUGAAGAACCUACCACGGGAACUCACGGAGACUGCACAAGGCAUGUACUACAGGAGGGAUAACAGGGUGCCUUCUUACUCAGACCAAUCGUCGGAAGAAAUCAUGAAGAUAGUUCAAGAUGCAAGGACCAUGCCGAAAUCAUCCAGAUCAGGCUAUGGGUGGAGCACUGAGUAUUCGGAUGAAGAAGAAGAGAAGGAAGAGGAACACAGGCCAGAGGAGCAUGAGGAACAGGAAGAUGAAUACGAUAGGAGGGUGAAGGAAGUCCAUGCAAGCGGAGAACUCCGUUUGGACGCUCUUCACAUAUGAAAGCAAGUGGAAGAAAGUUACGUGUACAUAACUGGGUUGCGGAUCUGAAGGAUCCAGUGGGAUGUAUGCAAUUUUGGCUUCAGAAUUGCUUCUGUUUGGUCAAUUUUCAUGUAACAUAAUUUAAUACACUGAGACAGACUACCAUGUUCUUAUAUUGGUAAAUAUGAAGCAUGUACAUGUCUGCCUGCAUUGUACAA